CUCACGGUGAACCUGACCACGCUUCGUGUGUGGUGCUACGCCUGUGGCAAAGAAGUUUUCCUGGAGCGUAAACUAGGUCCUCACUCGCCUCACAGCAACAGCAAACCCCUCCCCUUGCCGCAGAACGUGGGUCAGGAUGGCAACAAGGCCCCUGGGAGUCCUACCUCCCUGAGAGUGCCCUCUAAUGGUGGCUGUGAAGACAUAGACAUGGAGAUGGAAGAGGAAGACGACAUACGUGCCAGAGGCCUGACAGGACUGAAGAAUAUAGGCAACACCUGCUACAUGAACGCUGCCCUCCAGGCCCUGUCCAACUGCCCACCCCUGACACAGUUUUUUCUAGAAUGUGGUGGCCUGGUGAGGACGGACAAGAAGCCCGCUCUCUGCAAAAGCUACCAGAAGCUGGUGUCAGAUCUGUGGCACAAGAACAGACCUUCCUAUGUGGUCCCAACCAACUUGUUCCAGGGGAUCAAAGCCAUAAACCCCAUGUUUAGAGGAUACGCUCAGCAGGAUUCCCAGGAGUUUCUGCGCUGCUUAAUGGAUCAGCUUCAUGAAGAGCUGAAGGACCAGCUACCUGAGCCCUGCGACCAGUCCCACGGCAUCGCAAUGGACGACAGUCCCGAGGAGGACAACCAUAGCCAGUCAGACAAUGACUUCCAGUCAUGUGAGUCCUGCGGUAGCAGCGAGAGGGCCGAAAAUGAAGUGCAGGGUGGGAAUGCGUUGAUAGAUGACACCAACGAAGCAGAGAUGCUGAUUCCCGAGCAAGAUGAGAUUCAGGCCAAUAGGGAGUGGCAGAAGGAGAAGAACAUGAUUAAUGACCUGUAUCGCUCCGGGACUAAUGGCAUUACGGGUGGAAGCACUGGAGUGGACAUCGACAAAGAUGUAGAUACCACUACAGAGACCACGCCUAUUAUCAGCAGCCAGGGAGCCAUCAAGGUUCAAGGCAGAGCGUCAGAUUGCUUUCCAGAUAUCCAAAUGCCAAACACUACAAGACCACAAAGUCCAGUCCCCAUGGAGGGGCACAUUCCCAAAAUGUCCAGCAGUCCACCCAAAGCAGCCUCUGGCUGGCCCAGUCUGAACCCGGCACACAAGAAAGCAGUGACCACAUUCUCCCCGCCAAAGAACAAGCGCCAGAAGAAAUAUCGCAGCAUCAUCUCAGACGUGUUCGACGGGACCAUUGUCAGCUCAGUACAGUGCCUCACCUGUGAUCGGGUGUCUGUGACCCUGGAGAACUUCCAGGAUAUCUCGUUGCCCAUUCCAGGGAAGGAAGACCUGGCCAAGCUCCACUCAUCCACCCACCAAACCUCCCUGGUGAAAGCUGGCUCCUGUGGGGAAGCUUAUGCACCACAGGGGUGGAUAGCAUUUGUCAUGGAGUACAUCAAGAGUUGGUUCUGGGGUCCAGUGGUUACACUACAAGACUGCCUUGCAGCUUUCUUUGCCAGAGAUGAGCUAAAGGGAGAUAACAUGUACAGUUGUGAAAAAUGCAAGAAAUUACGAAAUGGAGUCAAAUUUUGUAAAAUGCAAAGUCUGCCAGAGAUCCUGUGUAUUCACUUGAAGCGCUUCAGACACGAACUGAUGUUCUCCACCAAGAUAAGCACCCAUGUGUCAUUCCCCCUCGAAGGCCUGGACUUGCAGCCUUUCUUGGCCAAAGACAGCUCCGCCCAGACCACCAGCUACGACCUGCUGUCAGUCAUCUGUCAUCAUGGCACUGCCAGCAAUGGCCACUACAUAGCCUAUUGCAGGAAUGAUGUGAACAAUCUGUGGUAUGAAUUUGACGACCAAAGUGUGACUGAGGUGUCUGAAGCCUGUGUCCAGAAUGCUGAAGCUUACGUGCUCUUUUAUAAAAAGAGCAAUGAGGAUGCAGUGAAAGAACGUAGGAGGGUGUCGGGCUUAUUCAACAUGAUGGAGCCCAGCCUUCUGCAGUUCUACGUCUCCCGCCAGUGGCUUAACAAGUUCAAGACAUUUGCCGAGCCAGGGCCCAUUUCCAAUGAUGACUUCCUGUGUUUGCAUGGAGGUGUGCCGCCCAACAAAGCGACAUUCAUCGAUGACCUGGUAGUGAUGCUGCCACAGAACGUGUGGGAUCACCUUUACAGCAGGUACGGAGGGGGACCGGCUGUCAACCACCUGUAUGUCUGCCACACGUGCCAGACUGAGAUAGAAAAGCUGGAGAAAAGGCGUAAGCAAGAGCUGGACAUGUUUGUCAGGACCCACCGGGACCUAUCGACAAUUCAAAGAUAACAGUAAACAAGAACGGCCAUUUAACACUCAAACAAGGAGCAGAUUCAGGACAGAUCUCUGAGGAAACGUGGAACUUCCUCCACUCCAUCUACGGCGGUGGUCCGCUGCUGACAGUUCGACCGAACAUCAGCCACCAGGAAGUAGAGUCGUCGCAAUCAGAGGAGAAGAUCGAGGUGGAG